AAAAUGUAUAAACUCAUCUGUGAUCGGCUAAACAGGAUGGCCAACGUAUUAAGACAUAUGUAGAGCAUCCAAUUAUGUUUUGUUUACAUGGAAAUCUAACCUCAACUUCAAUACUAGAAUUAAACCGCAUCGUAAUGUUGCUCAGACAAUCGUUCCAUUAUUUGUCAAGGGUAACACACAGAAAGAAUAUAACAUUACGCUUGCAGCACUUCGUAAAAUCCCAAAUUCACAUUGCUGUGUUACGUAGUUUAAAACAGCAGCAACAUAGCAAGGAAAGUGCAGCUUGGGCUAUAAGACAGAAGAAAUUAAGAUCUACUGUGCAUUAUGUGGUUGCAGCAGCAGUUCUUGCAGUGGGGCUGAGUUAUGCAGCAGUGCCGUUAUAUAGAAUGUUUUGUCAGGCUUACAGUUACGGAGGUACAACAGCUGUUGGGCAUGAUGCUGAUAAGGUAGAGACAAUGUCAAAAGUGCACGAUCGAAUCAUUAGUGUGAAAUUCAAUGCUGAUACUGCAGCCAGCAUGCGAUGGAACUUCAAACCACAGCAGGCUGAGAUAAAGGUUGUUCCUGGAGAAACUGCUCUGGCAUUCUACACAGCCUGUAAUCCAACAGAUGUCCCUGUUACAGGAGUCAGUACUUACAAUGUUAUCCCAUUUGAAGCUGGACAGUAUUUCAACAAAAUCCAGUGCUUCUGUUUUGAGGAGCAGUUACUGAAUCCACAUGAACAAGUGGAUAUGCCAGUAUUUUUCUACAUUGAUCCUGAAUUUACAGAAGAUCCUAAAAUGGAGACAGUGAAUACACUAACACUGUCAUAUACUUUUUUUGAAGCAAAGCCAGGACUGAAGUUACCUGUUCCAUCAUUUGUGAAGCCCUGAUUGGCUAAGGAUUGAAUGAUGUUAGAAGUAGCAGUGAAGUCCUUUAGAGAGGCCAAGUGGGAUUUUGGAAACCAGGCUUCUGUGUUACAUAGGCUGAAGUUGGUCUACAUGCAUGACCCACUGACCUAGAUUCAGUGUCAUGUGUUUUAUUAAAGUAAUUUUCUUCUGACAGAAUUGUAACAUGACAUAAUGUUGUAAAGGAAUUUCAAGGGCUGUUCACUUCAAUAUCUGAAAGCUUGUUGUUCACUUAUAGAAGCUGACAUAUUUCAGGCAUCCAGCACCUAUCUUUUGGAUAUGUAACAAGAGUAUAGUGACCUGAAGUAAUAAACAGCAGACAAUACUUUGUACUCCUGUAAGUCUUUCAGUACAAAUUAUUUUCCAGCAUACCAAUAGCUCAGCCAGGAAAUUGGUUGGCUGUUGGUUGGACAGCCAGGAUUUGUUUCUGUGCCUCCACUUCUGGGAUGGCUGUAUGUUCCACCAUCCUCCUGGUUAAAGGGUAAUGGGGACUUUCACUGAGGUUAAGUGGCCAGACACUGUUUUAAUAUCAUCUGUAGCCAUUGUCUGGAAUGCAUGGAUCACAGCUUUGCUUUCUGUGUACCUUUAUGGUGUGAUGCUUAGGCACAGGAGAAACUUUUCCUAAUCCUGGUGUCCUACAGAUGAUUCUACAUGUCUGGCAAAAGAUGGCAGAGGAUAUACACUUGGUUGCUGGACUCAUAGAUAUUGGGGUAGAUGUAACAGAAUGCCAGAAUCACAGGCAGGGAUAUUGUGGUUAGACAACAUAUUAUUGUCUAUGAUGUGGCAGUCAUAGGGUUAAUGCUUCAUACUUUUAAUUUCAGUUUAUUUUUGCUUGUUUAAAAUCGUACAUGCAUGUACUGAAUUGAUUUCUCUGCUGUUUUAAAUCUACUAUAAAAAAAAUCACCUCUUGUAAUUGUAAUUUUAGCAUUUUUGAACACACAUCCUUAUUUUUUAUUGGUGCCAGUUAUGAAGCCAAAAGUGCAUGCAUCAAAUUUCAUAUGCUAAUCUUCUCCAGUUGGUGACACACGUAUAGCAACUUAUGAUGUAAUUUGAACAGACUUAAGGCAUUGACCAUUGGUUAAAAUUAUGAUUUGCUGACAAAAUAGUAAAGUGCAAGUCACAGAUUUUAAAUUUGUUCAUUCACAAAUGUAGAUAAUUACUCAAGAAAAUGUUAUUAAAAUAUUGGGUGCCAGGGCAUAUGGUGCCCAGGAUGUGUUCAGCCCUGACUGGAACUAAUAUAAAUACAUUUUAAUUUGUGAGUGCAUUUGUGUAAGAUCUGUUGACAACAGAAAUAUGUGUAUAGUGUUACAUAAUUUCUAAACUAUUUUAAUAAUAUUUAUAAAUUUCUAACAGGGCUAACAUUACAAUAAACUCUAAGUAAUAAGAUAUCAACAUAA